AUGCCUAGCGCCACGGGAGAGAACUGGGAGAAGUACAAGAAGAACUUCGCCGAUGAUGAAGAGCCAGAGAAGAAGAUCACCCCUCUCACAGAAUCUGAUAUUCAAGUGCUGAAGACAUAUGGCGCCGCUCCCUAUGCGAAUGCCUUAAAGCAACUCGAGAAGCAGAUUAAAGACAAGCAAGCAAGCGUAAACGAGAAGAUUGGUGUCAAGGAAUCCGACACUGGUCUUGCACCUCCACACCUUUGGGAUGUUGCUGCAGACAGGCAACGCAUGGCAGAAGAGCAACCGUUGCAGGUAGCCCGCUGUACGAAGAUUAUUCAAGAUGAGAAGGACUCGGAUAAGAGCAAAUAUGUCAUCAAUGUUAAGCAAAUCGCCAAGUUCGUUGUCAACCUAGGAGAGCGAGUGAGUCCGACGGAUAUCGAGGAGGGCAUGCGGGUUGGUGUCGACCGGAAUAAGUACCAAAUUAUGCUGCCUCUGCCUCCUAAGAUCGACCCCAGCGUAACAAUGAUGACCGUUGAAGAUAAGCCCGAUGUGACAUACGGAGAUGUUGGUGGUUGCAAAGAGCAGAUUGAGAAGUUGCGGGAAGUCGUCGAGAUGCCUCUUCUUUCCCCAGAGCGCUUUGUCAACCUCGGUAUCGACCCACCAAAGGGUGCACUUUUGUACGGACCUCCCGGUACUGGUAAGACUCUUUGCGCUCGAGCUGUGGCCAACCGAACCGACGCUACUUUCAUUCGUGUCAUUGGUAGCGAGCUGGUUCAGAAGUAUGUCGGUGAGGGUGCCCGGAUGGUUCGAGAGCUUUUCGAGAUGGCAAGAACAAAGAAGGCGUGCAUUAUUUUCUUCGACGAAAUCGAUGCCGUGGGUGGUGCACGUUUCGACGACGGGGCUGGCGGUGACAACGAAGUCCAGCGUACUAUGUUGGAACUGAUCACUCAACUUGAUGGUUUCGAUGCUCGUGGUAAUAUCAAGGUCAUGUUCGCAACAAACCGACCGUCGACGCUAGAUCCUGCCCUGAUGCGUCCUGGACGAAUUGACCGCAAGAUCGAGUUCUCGCUUCCGGAUGUAGAGGGUCGUGCUAACAUCCUUCGAAUUCACGCCAAGAGCAUGUCGGUGGAGAGGGACAUUCGGUGGGAGUUGAUCUCCCGGCUGUGCCCAAAUGCUACUGGAGCUGAGCUCCGGAGUGUUGCAACAGAAGCCGGUAUGUUUGCGAUCCGGGCGCGACGAAAGGUUGCCACGGAGAAGGACUUCUUAGCGGCUGUGGACAAGGUGAUCAAGGGUAACCUGAAGUUCAACUCGACGGCUACGUACAUGCAGUAUAAUUAG